AUGACCGGAAAAUCGACCAUAGUGGACGAUCGUGUCGGAGAAAAUGCGAGUGUUGAAUAUUUGUUAGAACGUAUAAAAAAACUGGAAGAGGAGCGUGUCGCGAGUGAACUAACCAUAGGUAAUCGGUCCGUGCAUUAUCUGGUGGAAGCAAUUCCAUCGUUUAGUGGUGAUGAACUUGGUGAAAGUGCGGAUUCAUGGUGUGAUACAGUGGAAAACAUUACUAAAGAUCUCACUACAUCACAACGCCUGUGCUGUGCAACACACUCGCUUGCCGGUUCCGCUAAAGAGUGGUAUCGAACGUGGAAGGGUAACCCAAGAAACUGGACAACAUUUCGGGAGGAUUUAUGUUCCGUAUACGCGGCUGACGAUCGUAUUGGUCAGCUACUCCGUCGAGCAGUGUUGUAUACAAGUGAUGAUGCAACUAGCUAUGCCGAGUAUGCUCGCACGAAACUCAAGUAUUUGCAACAAACAAAGAUUUCAUUUAAAGUGGUUGAAUUAGUGCGCCUCAUUAUUGCGGACGUGACAGAUGCCACUACUCGUCAAUCGUUGACGAAUGCUCGGUACGCAAAUACUGCUGAAUUGAUAGCGGGAAUGGCUCCGUACGUCAAGCAACGCAAGGAAAAAAAGGAAGAAGACCACCGCCGAAAUCCUUCGCGAUCCUUACCUGUUCCCUCUCGUCCGGGAAAACGGUGCUUCGUGUGCAAUGGCAGCAAUCACAUCCAGAACGAUUGCCCUAAGCGACGUAGAAUCACAAUGGCAAAUCCUCAACCUCCGUCCGGGCGACCAAGUACCUGCAGUUAUUGUGCUAAACGGGGACAUGAUGAAUCAAACUGUUGGAUAAAACAGCGAGCUCAGCGAUACAACACGAACCAAACCACCACCGACCAUUCGAAUAAAGGAGCUUCCAAGUCCGAGAAAAGAAGACCGGAGGUCAAUGCGUGUUAUUCUUUACCACAUCAUCUUACGCCGAUUAUCCUGCGGGACCUAGUUGUGCAAAAGUGUUUAAUUGACUCCGGUGCAACGUGUUCUCUCGUGAAAGAGGACAUUGCGAAACGUGCCAAUUGUAAAAUUGAACUAACGGUGGUGACAGUGAAAGGCAUUGGAGACGUUGAGUUAGCUGCUAUUGGAAUUACUACCACUGUGGUGCAAACCGAAAACGUAACCCUGGAGAUGGACCUGCUCGUUGUAUCCGAUUCAGACAUCCCGUAUGAUGUUAUCAUCGGUAGGAACGUCUUGGCCCAAGGGGGUCUUCAAAUAGUUACCAAAGAAGACGGAACUUCCCAGCUGCUCCGAUGUCCACCAAAAGUACUGCGAGGAUCAACUGAGGCGAUACAACCCUUCGCCUAUAUCUUUUCGGAUCCUUCAGGACCGGUGGAACAACGACUGGCUGGAUUGAUGAAGCAGUUCGAAGACAUGAUUGUAAGCGACGGCGUGAGCAGGCAAAAGGUAACAACUGGCGAACUUACCCCUAAUUGA